AUGGCGACGGUCCCGACGAAGAAGAAGAAGAAGAAUAAGAAGAGCGCGCGCGAUGCGGGCGACGCCGCGUCGAUGCUCGCGAUGCACGGCGCGAAGUUCAUGUCGAUGUUCGACGACGCGGACGACGACGCGGCGGCGCGUCCGAGGAAUGAGAAGAAGCGGAAGCGCGCGAUGUCGGCGGGCGACGACGACGCGGGCGACGACGACGACGACGACGACGACGCGCUCGACGGCGGCGACGAUGGGGGCGCGAAGACGAAGACGAAGACGAAGACGAAGACGACGAAGGGCGACGGCGACGGCGACGGCGACGACGACGACGCCGCGCGCGUGCGGACCGCCGCGCGCGCGUCGUCGUCGUCGUCGACGAGAGCGAAAGACGCCGCCGCCGCCGCCGCCGUCGAGACCGUCGUCUUCGGCGGCGACCGCCCGAACGCGCACGCGUCGCGCUCGCAAGCGUCCGCGUCCGGCCACGUCGUCGGCGUGAGCCGCGCGAAGAAGCUCUUCAUGUCCGACAAGGUUGGCCUCGUGCACGAGGUGGCGUCCAAUCCUAAUCGCGGCGGCAGACCGGAGGCGGCGGCGGCGGCGGCGUCGGCGACGACCAAGUCGGGGAAAAACUCGGAGAUGGAGAACUCGGAGAUGGGCCGAGUCGAGGGCCUCACCGGCGCGUCGCUGAACGACAUGCGACGCAAGGUGCAAAACUUCGGCGCGCAGGGGCUGAACAAGUGGGACCGCAGGGCGCUCGACGCGCGACAGAAGACGGAGAACAACCAAAAGGCGGAGCGAGGCGUUCGGAUCCCGAUGCACAUCGGCGUCGGGAUGUGGAAGAAGAACGAGGAGCGCGAGGAGGCGAAGCGCCAGGAGGAUUUCGAGGCGGGCGGGCGGCUGAUGAAGAAGAAGCGCGGCUUGAGGAAGGCGGACAGCGCGGAGGCCAAGGCGAAGGAAGGGCGGGACCGCGGCCUCGCGUGGGGCGCGGGGAGCUUCAGAGGCGGCGUGCUGACGUUGAAGAAAUCCGACGUGCAAAAGGAGAGCGAGCGGUUGAACACGAAGAUCAUGCUCGGCGGCGGGAAGCUCGCGGGGGGCGACCGGCCGCGCGGAGGCGGCAAGGGCGGGAAGAAGAGCAAGGGGGGAAGCUCGAGCUCGCGGGGGGGGAAGAGAGGGAAGCGGUGA